AUGGCGACCGGAGACUCCAGCGCCAGCGACCCGCAGUGCGAGGGUGUGCCCGGGACCGUGAGCGCAGCGGUGCGCGAGUUCCCGUGCGGCAGGGGCAGCUGGAAUGAGUCUCGAUUUCUUCCUCAAACAUGGCGAACCUGGAAGGAGCUGGUCCCCAGAGAGGAAGAGACAGUGAGUGCUGGGGAAGAAACUGUGGAGGCCCUGCUGGGCCUGGUGCGCAGCAACCACUCUCCUUGGGCCAUGCUGGAAGGCUCCAGUGCUGAGAACCGUUUCCUGAGAGAACUGGCCAUCCAAAAUCCACUGAUGAUCAAAGACACCUUCUUCUACUCCUAUUUCCAGUCCCUGAGGGUGGUGGACAAGGGGGUGAGCUUGGUUGAUAAAGAUCUCCUGAAGUUUCUAAAGCUUGAGGAGUUGGUCCUGAGUGCCAAUCAAAUUGAGCACAUCGAUGCCACCAAUCUACCCCCAACAUUGAAGGUGCUGGAGCUCUAUGGCAACCUCAUCAGCAGCAUGGAAUGUCUGUGUACAUCCCCACCCCUAAACCUGCAGCACUUGGGACUAGGCCACAAUAAACUCCUGGGCCCCUUGGAGAGCCUGUAUAUCACCUCCAACCACUGCCCCAACCUUAUCUCCCUGGACUUGGGCUUCAAUGACUUGACAGACCUACAGAGCAUGAUGGCUGGUCUCAGCACCCUGAAGCACCUGAGGCUGCUUGUGCUGCAGGGAAACCCACUGGCACUGGUGCCGUACUACCGAGGCUUCACUGUGGACAGCCUGGCUCGGCUCUGUGUACUUGACGACAUCACUGUGUCUCCCAACGAGAAGCACCAGUUCUGAGGGCUAGGCAUACAAGGUGACCUGUUGGCACAUGAGGCACAGUUUGUGGUGACCAUUGGAAAUGUUAAGGGAAUUGUGGACAGCUCUGUCUUAGAUCCGGAGCCAGGCCCCGAAGGCCCUUUCAUCACCUACAGUUAUUAUGUAACCUAUGACUUUGUGGAAGAUGAGGAUGGUGAAGGAAACACACUUGCCAAUAUGCUGGCUGAGGUGCAUCCAGACAGUGUGCUGGCCGAGGUGCAGGUUCAAGGGGAGCCCAGCCAGGAGGAGGGCCAGGAGGCCGACCAGGAGGCCAACUAGGAGGGCCGCCAGAAGGGCCACCGGGGGUAUCAGCAGGCGUUUUCUGGGGAUGUCUCCAGGAAGGUGUCUGCGUUUAUAGCUGAGAUGGACAAGAUGGCCAAUGAGUCCCUAGAGACUGGCAUAACCUAUCUGGAAGAGUCACAGUCAACUAUCUCCAUCCACUCUGCCCCACUGCCACAGUGCACCACCUCUUCAGAAGAGCUAUCAAAGCUGCAGCCACGUAUAGAUCCCCGGCUCUGCCCAUCCCCAGGGACAGUCCUGUUCAGCACAGUCCCGAAGCCCUGGGCAGACAUCAUUCCCUGCAGCUAUAAAAUGAAGCAUACCCUCAAGGACCUGGUGCCUGUCAAGGCCUUCCUGAAGGCGGGGACCACUGUGACCAUUGUGGAGGAGAAAAUCCUGGGCUGGCCUGUGGUGCCACCUCCUGUAGAGAUUCCACAGCCUGCCAAGAAAGGAAAGGGGGACAAAGACAAGAAAGAGAAGAAAGGGGAAGGGCUCAAGAAGAAGGAGCUACCCAAGGAGCUUCGUCUGGAGCCCCCUGAGCUGCACGUGCUGGGCAGUGGCCUGGUAUACCUGGAACCCUUGCUGGCAGGGGAACCUGUAGUGUCCACUGUUUGAAACUUUGAGGUGGUCCAUACCCUGGAAACCGACAAGUUGAUACACACCAGGGAUUCAAAGAAGACAAAGAAAGCUAUCAAAAAAGAUAAGUGUAAGUCGGUGGCUCCUGCUUUGGAAAGCGUGUACCAGCUGGAGCCCCUGACCGUGGAGGUCCAGAUCCAGCUACACCAGUACCGCACAACAGGGGAGGCCCUCCGCAGCUUGAUUGACUAGAGUCGGGGAGAGUAAAGCUGUUCUGCCAGAGCCAGGCGUUGGUGAUAGGGCUCUGGCAUCAGGAAACUCAAUACAGAGCCUGCCUGAGACCAAGCUAACUCCAGCUUUUGUGCAUUGGUUUUAGAUUUGAAGAACUCUGCAUGUCAGAUUUGAUGUUUAGAAUGAAUGUAGUACAAAGCCAGACUAAGUCUGGCCAAUUUCACUCCUUGAGACUGUUCAUUGUGUCUCAGCUUUAAGACAGUUACAACGAAGGAGUGGUGAGGGCUGGCAGGGCAGGUGUUCCUGUCUGUCCUCAGGGGAUGGGCUCUGGAAACUGCCAGAGGACACACAGAGAAGUAAAAAUAAGUCCCAACCAGCAUGGUAGCUUAUGCCUGUACAGCACUUGAAGACUGAGGCAGGAGACUUGCCACCAGUUCAAGGCCAGCCUGGGCUACAAAAUGAGACCAUCUUGAAAAACAAAUCCCCCCACCCCCACAGAAGUUCAAGAGGAUUUAGCUGAGGGGUUGCAGGUAAUUUGUGCUGCUCCUGAAAUAGAGACUGGGGUGAGCCUAGCUUAGGUGCUCUCUCCCCACAGGGCCUCAACCAUGUUGCACAGGCUGGGCUGGCUGCUGCUCAGUUGCCCGCUCUUUCUGAAGGAGCGUACACCAACAGAGAGCUCCAAGGCUCCCCAGCACUUCCCAGCUCUACCAAGGCCCCAGCACAGCCAGUGUUCACCCAACCACACAUUUGCUAAUACCUCCCUGGUCCCUGCCCAGCUGUCAUCACCUCUUCUUAACCUAUCACCACUGCCAAAACUUCUCCACCUUGCAGCCUUCCUGGUGUGCCAAGGACACUUUCCUGCUCCUGGCCUUCAAGUUACAGCCUGGUCAUGUUGAGCAGUGUAUAGCCAUUUGCAGCAUUGUGGGGCCAGGCUGGGAGCCGAAACUGGUGUUCCUCCUUGGAGUAGCAGGACUUGUACCCCCAUCCCAGCUGCUGGCCUAUGAGAGUUGGCAGUUUGAUGACAUCCUACAGUGGGACUUGACUCUAAAGGUGCUGCACCUGCAGCGCUGGGUGGCAGCUGCCUGCACACAGGCCCACUUCAUACUAAAGGGAGGGGAGAUGAAGAUGUCUUUGUCCAUGUCCUCAACAUGCUGGAGUUCUUGGACAGCUGGAACUCAGCCCAGGACCUUUUAGGAGAUGUUAUCCACCAGGCCCUGCCCAACAGGAAUACCAAAGUCAAAUACUUCAUCCCAUUCUCUAUGUACAGGGCCUGCCACUAUCCACCUUAUGCUGGAGGUGGAGGCUAUGUUAUGUCCCAGGCCACAAUGAGGCAUCUUCACACCACCAUGGAGGAGACAGAACUCAUCCCCAUUGAUGUCUUUGUGGGAAUGUGCCUGAGGAAGCUGGGGGUGAGCCCCACUCACCAUGCUGGCUUCAAGACAUUUGGAAUCUAACAGCUCCUGAACCCUUGGGACCCUUGUCUGUACAGAGGGCUCCUGCUGGUGCACCACUUCAGCCCUCUGGAGAUGUGGACCAUGUGGGCACUGAUGACACAUGAUGGGGCUCAAGUGUGAAGCUGCUCCCAAGCCCUAGUUCUGAGGGAUGGGUUGAGUAAUAGCCCUAAAGUGGAAUGAGUGUUGAUUUCCUGUUACCAGGAGAAACUGAGACCAUUGAAAAAUCCAUCCUUGCUGGUCUGCAGGAAAUGCUCUUUAUUUUUAUAAUAUCUUCCACUUUGUUCACUCUGAUUGAAAAUGCUGAAACCUGGCAAACUUGUCCAACAUGUGCUGAAUGGGAGCAUCUGCUGCCGGAAAUCUAUGGGGGAAACCACAGGGUCCCUUAUGGCUCUGACCACCUAGGCAGUGAAGGAAAGAUGCUACAUGAGAGCCUCAGAAUUUAA